GGUCCGAGCCGAAGCCCGAACCCGAGCCGAGGUCCGAGCCCGAACCGAGCCGAAGCCCGAGCCCUGCAGGACGGACGGACGGCAGGUGUUUCCUGGUGCUGCUUCCAAGAUGGAUUCCGUGAUCAGCACAUUCAAAUUUGGGGGGAAAUCUCUGUACUACCUGUUGGAAGCCCUCUUCUUCUGCGUAGUCCCGAAGAGAAAGAAGAACGUGGCGGGUGAGGUCGUACUUAUAACGGGAGCAGGAAGUGGAAUCGGGAGGCUGCUGGCCCUGAAGUUUGCCCGUCUUGGCACCGUCCUAGUUCUCUGGGAUGUCAACCAAGAGGGCAACAAGGAGACGGCUAAGUUGGCCCAAGAAGCUGGUGCAGCGAGAGUCCAUGCUUAUACCUGUGACUGUAGCCGGAAAGAAGAGGUCUACAGCGUCGCCAAUCAGGUUAAAAAGGAAGUUGGUGACGUCACCAUCCUCAUCAACAAUGCCGGAAUUGUAACUGGAAAGCGUUUCCUUGAUACACCAGAUGAAAUGGUGGAGAAAUCCUUUCAAGUGAACUCCAUAGCACACUGCUGGACUUACAAAGCCUUCCUUCCUGCCAUGGUGGCUUCCAACCAUGGACACCUUGUUUCUAUUUCAAGUUCGGCUGGGUUAAUCGGCCUCAAUGGCCUCGCAGAUUAUUGUGCGAGCAAAUUUGCAGCAUUUGGAUUUGCAGAGGCUGUUUCUUUAGAAAUGUUUGUCCAAGGGGUGACUGGAGUUAAGAGUACUCUGGUUUGUCCAUAUUUUACAAACACUGGAAUGUUCGAAGGGUGUUCUACCAAAUCUCCUCAUCUACUGCCUAUUCUGGAGCCAGAAUACGUAGCCAGUAAAAUUAUGGACGCUAUUCUCCAAGAGCAGGUCUACUUGUUUAUUCCACGAUCUUUGUACUUCCUCAUGGCUUUUAAAAGUAUACUCCCUUCAAAACUGGGAUUGGCUCUGGGUGAGUUCUUGGGAGUCUUCAAUUCGAUGGAUCACUUCAGAGGCCGAGAGAAGAAGGACUGAAGCGUACAGUCUAGUGAAGAUGGUACCUGGAAAUCCGAAACAGUGCUACAGGGUGUUCACUAGCUCAUGAAACAAGAAACAACUACUUUUUUAAUCUGCUCUUACACUCCUUAUUGUUUUUUUCUCACCAAUUAUCCAGUCCGUAUUUUGUAUGCAGGGAGGUAAAUUUCUCUCCCUCCAGUAGUUGUUCUCCUCUCCUCCGUGCCCAAUUCAGUCACUUUUAGGGGGAGCCGUUCCUUGGUCCCGUCUCCACGCCCCCUCCGCACAACCCCCCAGCAGGAGUGGGUGUAUUGACCCUUGGGAAAAUUGUGAGGCUGUGAGCUGGUAGGAGUAGAGGGUGAGAGUGGGAAAGGUUUACUUUCUGCUCCUUAAACUGCCCCUCCCCGAGACCGAGCUCCACAUGGCUUCCUAGAAUCAACGUCUCCUGGGUUCAAACGCAGGAGAGGGCAUGGAAUUCCAGUUGUCCCAAGGCCACAGGAUGGCUAGCACCGGCCUUGAUGUAGAACAAGUCCGUUCCUCACAAGGAGUGUGAAGGGGACAUUCCCUGCCUUUAGAGAGUCUCCCCUCCGGCGAGGUCUGGAACCGACUCGAGAGCGUCCCUAAGAACUAGACAGCUUCAGCUAGACCACCCAGAAGGGAAAGAAAAGAAGCCUGAGAGUUGAAUGUUCAUGGCAGGCGUGUUUUCCCCGUAGUUCCCAGGUUUUUGUGCUCUUGUGCUCGUACCUGGCACGGGUGGCCUUCAGACCAGUGUAGCCCCUAUCCAUCUAGGGCUUCCUGAAGAGCAGUAACUUAGUCUUCCUUUUUACACUCCCCUAAGCCGGGGGGGGACAAGGGAUAUUAUUUUGGCAAGGGCCAGAGGCCAGCAAAAAAUACUGAGAGAAUUAACUGGCACUAAGGAUGUGAAUAUUGGUUCUAUGAGGUGGAAACUGAUUCUCUCUUUUAAAACGUUUCCUCAAAAUAGUUGCUUCAGAUCAAUGUAUUCUGGCAUCUUGAGGGGAAUUUUCCAGGCAAAAACCACCCCUAAUCAGUUUUCCACAAAUGUUGCAGGGGGAGGAGAAAAAUAUUUGGAGCCAAACAAAAACCAAUUGUUGGAAAAUGCUUGCCUUGUGUAAAUAGCACUUUUGUGCCUAUGCUCACUAUUAAAACACUGUAUUCUCAUA